GGGGCGGGCAGGAGGAGACGUCGCAACCGCCGCCCUCCUCUUUCCCCGCCUGGGCACUCGCUCACCGCCCAGAGGAGCGCGCGUAGACCGGUGCUGGCAGUCCUGCGCCCGGCAUGUCCCCCGAGCGCGCGCACACGGCGGCGAGCACCCGCAGCCCCCCGCGCGGCCCGGAGCCAGCCAACCGCACGCGCUUCCCCUUCUUCUCCGACGUCAAGAGCGACCACCGGCUGCUGCUGACCGGCGUGGAGACCGCCGUGCUGGCGCUGAUCUUCGCCGUGUCGCUGCUGAGCAACGCGUGCUCCUUGGUGCUGCUGGCGCGCCGACGGCGUCGCGGCGCCACGGUGAGCCUGGUGCUCAACCUCUUCUGCGCGGACCUGCUCUUCACCAGUGCCAUCCCGCUGGUGCUGGUCGUGCGCUGGACCGAGGCCUGGCUGCUGGGCCGCGUCGCGUGCCACCUGCUUUUCUACCUGAUGAGCCUGAGCGGCAGCGUCACCAUCCUCACGCUGGCCGCGCUCAGCCUGGAGCGCAUGGUGUGCAUCCUGCGCUUGCAGAGCGGGGUGCGCGGCCCGGGGCGGUGGGCGCAGGCGGCGCUGCUGGCGCUCAUCUGGGGCUACUCGGCGCUCACCGCGCUGCCCCUCUGCGUCUUCUUCCAAGUCGUCCCACAGCGGUUUCUCGGUGCGGACCAGGUGAGCGCCCCCGGCAGUUCUGAUGGAAGCGGAGAUCCCGAUUUGCACGCUGGUCUGGCCCAGCAUCGCCGGAGAGAUUUCAUGGGAUGUGUCUUUUGUUACUCUGAACUUCCUGGUGCCGGGGCUGCUCAUUGUCAUCAGUUACUCCAAAAUUUUGCAGAUCACGAAGGCGUCACGGAAGAGGCUCACCAUGAGCCUGGCGUACUCGGAGACCCACCAGAUCCGCGUGUCGCAGCAGGACUUCCGGCUCUUCCGCACCCUCUUCCUGCUCAUGGUCUCCUUCUUCAUCAUGUGGAGCCCUAUCAUCAUCACCAUCCUGCUCAUCUUGAUCCAGAACUUCAGGCAAGGCCUGGUCAUCUGGCCGUCCCUCUUCUUCUGGGUGAUGGCCUUCACAUUCGCCAACUCAGCCCUAAACCCCAUCCUCUACAACAUGUCACUCUUCAGGAACGAAUGGAGGAAAAUCUUCUGUUGCUUCUCGCUCCCCGAAAAGGGAGCCAUCUCUACAGACGCGUCUGUCAGAAGAAAUGAUCUGUCUGUUAUCUCCAGCUAGUUAAGGUUUUUUUCUAGGUAGUUUCUCUCUGGUGGGCCCCAGUGUAUAUUUAAAAGGAAUUCAUUUCCAGAACCAUCCACCAGCACAUCUUUAGGAAAAUCUGACCUAUGCAAAUACACAUAUAUGGCACAGUAAAUUAAGAGAUGAUUAUUCAGUACAAAAAUAUUUUUUUAUAAAAGGAUCUACUAGGGAUUCCUUUUAGAUAUGAACUUUUAAGUAUUUGUAAUAUGUUUUAAGUUAAUAAACUGUUAUUUAUAACUGCUUAGCAGUCACAUCUCCUAUAUAUAAAAUCUUAUGGUUUUUAAAUUGAGUCUUGAAACAGAUUCCAGACUCAGAUUUUGCGAUUAUUUUUAUUUUUUUGGAUACAGGAUCUCACUAUUCGGGUUGGGCUUGAACUCAAGGCAGUCCUCCUGAAGUGCUGGGAUUACAAGUGUGCACCACCAUGCCUGGCACAGAUUUCUCCUUUAAAGGGUCAUGACUACUCAUGCUUUGAGUUUGAGGUAUUUCCCAAGAACAAUUAAGGAUGAUUUUUUUCCAUUUAUUAAAAAUGCCAUGGAUUCUUAGGAGAAGCGAUGUCACGGAAGCAGAAAGAAGGCAGGAGGACUCCAAGUUUAAUGAGCUGUCUGAUAGGACUGUCUUCAAAGGAUAAAAGAUGCUUCCAAAAGUUGAGGAGUAUAAGACAAAAGAGGCCUUUAUUCCGGGAACACGGGGAGAGGAGACUGGCGCACUGGCCGCUGGAAUCUAGCGAUCUCUCUCUUGGACACGUGGCGUGGGGAAAUAUAAAUAGCCUAAGGUUAGGGCAGUGCCCUAAGGCCAUUAGAGAUGCACAGGUAUUUCAUUGGCACACGUUUUGGCGCCAGGGUUACAGGGAUGGGGGUAUAGGUUACAGGCAAGUCUAUAGGGGCGGGGGAGGCAGCGGCUGCGGCUUUUCCUGGUUAAAGUGUCCAGUCUGGGCCAGCAACUCUUUCACUGUCCAUCAUGGAUACAUUCAUCAAAGGACUGCGAAGCACCAGCUGUGACACUGUCGCUGGAGUUGGAAUGCUUAUGAUGAAGCAGACAGCAAUGGUCCUGCACUCAAGGGAACUUACGUUCUUGCAGAGAUGGGAGACAUACUGAACAGGGUGAAAAAGCACUGCCCCAAAGGAGGGUAGGAUGCGGUGGGAGCAAUGGCCAUUUUGAUGGGGUGGGGAGGAUACAGGAAGACCUCUCUGAGGGGUGACAUGUGUUCAAAGGUAAAUUUCAAGGGAGAUCCAGUCAGCCGUAUGGAUCCAUGAACAGCAGAAGAGACAGUGUUGGUGCAGAGGGGCUUCUUGCUUGUGAGAAAGAAUGAAGUGUGGUGUGACUCAAGCACAGCUAAGUACUGACUGAGCCUGGACACUCUCCUUGAUGCUGGGAUGGAGGGGUGCCCUGCUAGAGCCCAUCAGGGCAUGCCAGGGAACAUGGCACCACUGGAAAUUUGCAGCUACAGACUAUGAGGCCUGAUGAGUGAGUUUAAACAUUCUGGCUACUAUGCAAGGAUCUACCCUGAGGAGCAAGGUAGGUAGCCACUGACAGAAAAAGCUAGUAGAGUUCUUGGAAUGAAAGACAUUACUACAGGACUCUGAGAAAAGAUCCUGGGAUACGCUUUGGGAAGGUGGUGAUAGAAAGGCUGUAGCACUGAGGGAGAGGAUUCCAGGGCGGUUCCUGGAUUUUUAUGCUGACAUGGUUGGAGGGGAAGACUGGAGAAAAGUCGGGCUGAGGAAGCCAAGAAUUUCAUUUAGAGAAAGUUAGUUUAAAUCCCAGUGCAACAGCCAAGUGGAAAGGGCACAUGAGUGAGGAGAUGUGGAGGAGGGGCAGGAAAAGGCAACACUGUUGGCAGGCACAGAUGGUGCUUCCAGACCUAUGGUCUAUGAAAUGCCUUAGGAAAGAACGGAAAGAAGGAAGACAAUCAAAGACUGAGCAAAGAGACAAUGCCAGCCCUCGGAUUUUGGGCCAAUGACUAAAACACAUAGCUCCUGUCACAUAGUAGGUAUUCAACAAAUCAGCUAGUCCUGGUAGCUGGCAUCAUUCAUGAAGUUUCUGGAGCAGCUUGCUUCUGAAGUAAGAUUUAUGAUGACCAUAAGUUCAGGGGCAAAGGGUCAGGAAGGCUUUUUUCUCUCUUACCUAACUGACACGGUAAAUUACAGCUCUUGUGUGGAUAUUUUGUGUGUCUUUGGGAUCGUCAUACUGAGGCUGAAGAGCCAAGCUCUGUGCCUGCUUUUCCACGAGCACAAAAGGCAGCUUCCCAACCGUCUCCUCCACCUUUGGUGGAGAACAGGGCACACAGGGUGGGGCCUUCCUGCUCCGACACCCACUAACAACUCUCCCACUGAAUCUCCUCAGGCAGAACUCACUUUCUACCUUUCAAGAGAGAAGUGUGGGGCUCAGAGAAGUCACAUAUCCAGCUCCCAUCACAUAGCUAACAUGUGAGCUGGAUUUAGACUUAAAUUCAAGAUUUGCUGGUACCGUUUGCUGCUGUUUUAAAAAUGAGAAACAGGAUCCCGGGAACCCCAUGAAACUGAACCUUUAUAUGUAGUUACAUGCUAGAAUUGGCAAGUUUGGCUUAUGGUGGAGGACACAGGCUGUCUGCACCAGGCCUGCCUGCAGUCCCAACUAGCUCCUCCUUGGACACCCCAAGUAGGGGGACUGUGUUCUUUCCUACAGACCUGGCUUCUAGAGCUCCAUAUCCUAACUCUCCCAGAGAAACCCGAGGCUGCCCACACACUAGAGCCGGUGAAGGAUGGGCCUAUUUCCUAGGGCUCAUCCUGACCCAAGCAUCACAGCCACUCACACUCAGCAAGGGCUGAGCCCACUGCACUGCCUAUCUCAAGGCCCAGGGCUCACAGCCUCGGGCUUGCUGGUGUGGCCUAGCCACACUCUCUUGGCUAAGCUGGUAGUUAAGGUUUUCUGAGUUAAUGAGAAAACCCAUUUUUUGGAAAGUUAGGAGAAACUGGAGUUUUUAAUAAUGGAGAUGAGGCAUUAAGAGUUGGCCAGAGGUCAUUCAGGAGGGAAAAAUGCCCUCCUGGUACACACAAAAGGACACUCCCACCUGCAGCCAAUGAAUACAAAUAAAAUUCAAAUCAUAGAAAGCUGGUGAGUAUAUUUUAAUAAAUCAAAGUUUGGAAUUCCAACCCUCAAAUGAUCUCUCUGAAAACUUCAGAAAUCACACCUUUGAUGUGAACAGAUUCUCUGCUUCCCACAUACAUUUAAUGUGUACUGAGGGUUUUAUGUUCACCUGGAGCGGGGGUGGGGCACUAAAUUCUUGAGAUAAAUAGAGAUGAAGACUGAGAGUUAGGUGGAAGUUUUUCUAAUGAAACUUUACAUGCUUGAUGGUGCUACAAAAAGUUUCUUCCUGAUGUGCUUUGACAGUAUCCUGAAAUACAAAAAGCAAAGCCAUUAAUGACCAGAAGAUGGACCCAGGGAUUGUACCAGUAAUGAAUACCAUGGUGGCCUUAGAGUUUGGCUUUAUUCAUAUAUUUGUUCAUUCAAAUUCACAGCAAAUGCAAACCCUCAGUUAGGUGCAGCUAUAAUUCAUAAAACGCCCUUAAGGCUAUUUCUGAUACCCUUUCAAAUCCUGGGGGCAGUGGCUGAUGGCCCAGGACCUGCUGCAUGCGUGGAGCUCCUUUCCUUAGCCAAGUGCACCUCACUGCAUGUCGCAGUGGUGGAGUUCCUCCUUCUACGUUAGGACAGCAGGGCUGAGUCAGCCCCACCUCGGCCUGCGCCUGGUGACUGUACAGUGUUCACUCUGCCCCACAUCACCACAUGCUGUGAGAAGGGACUGCAGAGUCACAGAAAUCUGGGUUUGCACUCAACACAGCUACCUGUCGGAGAUCUUGGGCAACAUUUCUAAUCUUUCUGAGCCUCCACGUUCUCAUCUGUGAACGCAGAUGGUAAGAGUGUGUACUUCUCACGGUGUUUCUGAGGCCUGACUGAGGUAACGCAGGUGAAGGCCUUAGAGGGAUGCCCAGGAUGGAACAGCAUCCUCUCCUAGCAUGCGCCCACCCACCCGGGUGACACCUUCAUCCCUGUUUGCGGUCUGACUUCAUAUUUGUUUGAUGUAGAGGGUCGGUCAGGUGUCCUCAAAACUGGGAAUGUUCAGUUUUGUUCCCCCUGUUUUUGUAUACUGCAGCACGUGACCACAUUUGGUUUCAAAACCCAAUUUACCAUAGGGAUGAGUGAGUGUCAGUUCAAAAUAAUACACUUUUCUUCACCAUGUUCCUGGUUCUUAAAUCAAGAUACAAUAAAGAUAACAUAAAAAAUCCUAUGAUUGUCCCAAGGGAUCUCCCAAAAAUAAAUAAUUUGAACCAUUAUUUGGUGUCAAAGAGAAUAAACAUUUGUUACUACCA